CCCGCGCUGCUGCCGCGUGUGGGGAGCGCCCGACGCCGAGGCCAUGGCGCAGCGCGACCGCUCCCGCAGCGCCUCUUGGUCCUUCGUGCACGACGGGCUGCCCACGGCCCGUGUGGCGAACGCCAUCCCCCACUGCUCCCAGACAUUGGCGUCCUUGACAGAGGAAGAAAAGACAAUGUAUGCAGAAAAGCCUCGUAAGUGGAAAGGGAGGAAACAUUCUCAGAAGGCAGUGAACGAGACGCGUAAUCUGACUGAUCCAGUUCCUGCCCCUCUGACCAUGAAGAUGCCCAGUGUUAUUCCUUUGCCAGAUGCCUGUUCUCUGUCUUGGAAGAAUGAUCAGGAUGUGGUUGCAGACAUCUUCUAUUUCUUGGACAUUUACAGCUAUGGGAAGCUGCCACCCCAGUGUGAGCAGCGUUUCCUUCCCUGUGAGAUUGGGUGUGUCAGGUACUCCUUACAAGAUGGAAUCGUGGCUGAUUUCCACCACUUCAUAGAUGCGGAAGUACCACCACGUGGUUUUCUCUACCACUGCCAGGCUGCAAGUGAUCAAACUCAUAAGAUCCCUAUAUCUGGGUUUCACCUUCCUCGUUCUUGUUAUGAAGUUGUCCUACGGGAACUUCUGGAGUUUGCCAAGCCAUCCAGUGGUGCUCAGCCUCGCUUUUUCUGCAGGUCUGAUGACAGAUUCCGGAUUAACUGGUGUCUCGGUCGGAUGGCCAGCAUCACAGGCAUUGAGAGCCAUUGGGAGCUUUUGGCUGUAGAGGACCUGAUCGUAGAACUGUACCAGAAGAAAUACCAAAAGGAGCCAUCCAAGACCUGGAUGUAUAGAAAAUUGGAUGUCUGCCUGUGGGAUUUCUCCACUAACACAAGGUGCAAGUGGCAUGAGGAGAAUGAUAUAAUGUUCUGUGCUCUGGCAUCCUGUAAGAAAAUUGGUUACUGCAUCAGUCAGUCUUUUGCUAGUGUGUAUGGAGUCCCACUAACAGCAGCUCACCUCCCUCUCCAAGACUCUUGUUGUGAUCAAAGCACAAACACCAGGAUUGUGAAGCUGGAUGGUGGACGUUUCCAGAAAAUGAAAGCUGAGAGUUCUGGAUGUGGCAAACCUUUUGGUUCUGCAAGACAAGAUCAAGAGUUUGUUCCUUCUAAUCGUCAUUCUCCACGUGGUGUGAAGACUUCCCCUUGUGGAACAAGUGUUGUACAAGGAAGAGGAGUUACUCGAUUGCUGAGAAGUACAUCUGAUCUAUCCAAGUCUUUCAGUAAUUGAAAAUCUUUUUCACAUCCAGGACAGCUGUAAAUUCUAAUUUUCUUUUGUUCCCUAAAGUAACUAAGUUUCU